AUGACAAAUCCUGAGCUCCAGAUCGUCUUCCAAGUUGCCGGCAUCCAGAAUUCGUUCGACGUGGUGGCCCUCGAUGAUAUACGCUUCGAUCGGGUGAAUGGUCAUCUCCAGAUCCACAUUUUGUCGAGCGAAUCCUCGCAAAUCUCGAUCCUGACGACGACGGGGCUCGACGAGGAGCUGAUCUGGGUCCAGGACGGUAAAUUCGCGGGUCCUGGAUGGAAUUCGGUGCGCAUCCCGUUACGG